UGAAGUUGACAUGAUACCCAAUAUGUGCAGCAGAUGUUGGGUUAUCAUGAUCAUCUCGAGUUCAAAGUCUGCCUAGUUUCCAAGCCCCUCGUCCGUGUAGUGUUCUCAAACUUUUGCAGACGUAGAGAGGAGUGUUUUCUUUGGCAGGUUGUUUAAAAAUUUUAUUCAAUAAGGACUUUAUACAAUCAGGACGGCAACGAGGAAGACGUCGCUUUAAAAAUAAACUUAUAAUUUAGGAAGAAUUUCGCAAAAUUGCUGGCGCCACUCCUAAACCUUAGUAUAACGUAUGUCAGCAGCGUUGAGUUGCAAAUGAAAACUAAAUAAUUCUCUGCUGGGGUUCCCGUUCUCAGACCAUGCAAAUUUUGGUGCUUCCACGUUGUUGUUUAACGGUGGACACAUGCUGAGGCAAUGUUCUGCUCAUAGAUCUUAUUUUUUGCCAUGUCCUCUUGCCGCCGACUUCGUAAUUGGAGAUGGCGGCUUUUUAAUGUGCGCCUCAUAAUUAUUCAAAGACUCUCUGUAAGAAUGGAGUAUAUUGAUAAACUUUCUGUCUAGAUAAAAAGAAAUAGUAAUGAUAAUAAAAAAAUUCUAGGAUCGGCUGCGUCAAUUCUGAAAUUGUUGUGAAUCGCCGUGGGCGUAAAGGUGCUAACUCUUGGGCGACGAUGAUAGAUAAAGAUCCCUCCAAAUGUCUUGGCUCUUUUUUAGAAUCUGCAAAAUUAAACGUUCCUUUUUAAAGGUUCUUUUAGACUGUUUUUGUUGUGGAGGUAAAAAAUGUCUGAACUUAUAGAAAAAAGUGUUUCCAUUUUGUUCCUCAUUAAAUAACCGCUUUUGCCAGGGGAAAAAAAAAGGAAUAAUUGAUAUAUCGAAUUAGUGUAGACGCCUUAUGAAGCACAUUGAGAUAAAAAUAGCAAUAUUUGCAUCACACAAAGUCAAUUUCAAGCCUUCUUGUUAAUAUUUACCUCACGCAUCUCAGUAGAAAGCCAGACUUAAUGUAGGAUAACUACACCAACUGAUUUUUUUCAAUUGCUUUCCUUGACUUAGCAAAUAAGUAUUGUGAUCCGAUUCCUGCUAAAAAUGUUGAUUAAGAAUAUAUAAAACUUUCAAAUUGGUCUGAUCUCGGCUUUUUAGAAUAAUUACUGAAUUUGUGUUUAGUGAUCCCGAGAAAAUUGACUUAUUUAACUGCGACAGAGAUGAAGCCCUGAAAUAAUUAUCAUUUUUUUAAUUACGCGUCUAACGAAUUUUAUGCGGGAUAGUAACUAUACAUAAUUUUUCUCCCCGCUGCCCUCCCCACCCCCCGAAAAAAAAGAAAAAGGACAGAAAGACAAGCAAAAAAAGAAAUAAAGAAGGACUGUAACCGUCUAAUUCACAGAAAAAUAAGAAACCUAAGCCAGCAUCAGAAUGGGUGAUCCUUAUUUUGUAAUAUUGCAACCUAAUAUUUAAUGAGGUACAUAGCUGUUGGAAGAUAUAGAAAAUUGACAUUUUUAUUACAGAAGGAAACACGUUCCCACGGCCAUAAAAGUGUUUACAGAGGGGUUUUGAGUAAAUUCCUUUGCGUGAAUUUAUAGCGAAAAACCCAGCUUUUUGGUACCGUGGAGAUCAUAAUUUUUUUCCAUAAUUUUUAAACUUUGGUAGCGAGUACGGAGAACCUUCUACUGCAGUUAUAACUCACUAAAACUUCGGUACCAUUGAUCACACUCUUUUCUAUGUCUAACAGUCAGCAAUAGAGGCCUUACGGGUCUGUUAGCAUAGCCUUACUCGUCCUUAUUUAGGAUUAAAUAUAAUGAUCUGGAAUGUUAGUUGAUCGAAAAACAUUCAAAUUAUGACAUCUGUAGUCAAAAACAUCUGUUUCCUUCACAUUUAGUCUUAAUUCAGAAAGCUGCCUAUUAUCAUAUUUCGUUUUUUCCUGUCUGCUAUCACAAGAGGAUGAUUGGAGGUGGGUUGAAUAUUCGUUUCCUUUAUCAUCUCCUUUACCAUUUUAUGUUUGUUAUUGUGUUAUCAGUCGUCAAAUACUCCUUUACUCUUGUGAGAAUCGCCAGAGCUGUCUUCUUGUGCAAUAAUGUCUUGGACAUCCAUAAAAUAGAGUAGUUAGUGAAAAACAUAACACUUUUUUCAAAUGAACAACAUGUGAGCUUUUUCAGGAACCACGUAAGUUUUCCCGGAGGGAAAUCACGUUGCUAGCACUUAUCAAAAAUAAAAACAACGAAAACACUCCAGUACAUACAAGUACGAAGGGUAAGUGACUGAAUUUUACUUCUUCUUUUAAUUUUUUUUAACUUCGAUCUUCUUUUAUGACAAACUCUCACCUGUUGUUUUCAUGAGGAUUCAUUUACACCUUCAAUUUACAUUUUGAUAAAGUUUUGUGAGGACUGGUUUCCAAGGUAAUAAGAUAUGAAGUUUUUCACGAGACUGCUAAUGUGCCAUCGGGCUGUCAUUUACGUUCAGUGUAUUCGCUUGGUCACGAACAUCGAGUUUCUGCAACAACACCUUUUACCUGUAUAAUUUUUGGCUUUUGCACUUGUAAGUACAAUGCAGUAGGAAAAGAGGAGAUUGUUUUCUCUUGGAAAGUGGAAUUGGCUGCCGCCAUCCUCGUAUCUCGGGCCACAUUUAAAUGACCUCAUAAGCCAUUAAUUCGAGCUUCAAAAAGACCACAUGAUGAUAAAUAAUUAUGAAAGGACUGAAAAGAGUCCAAUUCGGUUUGUAAUCAUGCGAGUGAUUAGCAAAAUCGAUUUGUUGAUCACAAGUUGCAUCACGAGUUGUACUAAAGUUGUACAGAUAUAUCAUUAAUGCUCAAGGGCUUGACUUUAGCACAGUUUGGAAAUUACACUUGUGAGGCAGAAAAUGAUUAUGUUGGAUAUUGCCGGCGAAAAACUGUCGAAAUUGGACAAGCUUUCCUGGCACCAGAGACUGUCGAGGAUCCAAAGAACCAAACCGUCGUUGCUGGUUUCAACGUAACUUUAAACUGCACCGCCAAAGGUUCUCCCAUGCCAUCCAUCACAUGGAUAAAGAACAACGAUCCACUCGCUGCACAGUCCAACCCAAGAAUAAAAUACAUUCAGACUGUCCUGGACGACAAACAAAUUCAUAGCCAACUGGUAAUAGAAGAUGCAAAGAAAGAAGAUAAAGGAAAAUAUCACUGCGUUGCAAAUAAUACUGUGGGAGAAAAAGGCACCAUAAUGACAAUCAUGUGCGGGUGCACCAUGGCGUUUUUCUAUCGACGUGCAAGAC